UAAACAAAAACACAAGGAGUGGCUAUUCAGACUCCUCUAGAUCUCUAGAUUUACGAGUCACUGUUCUAAAAAUAUAAAGAAACGAAAUCUCUAAUUUCCGCUCUUAAAUGGCGUAUUUACGUCUCUUGGUAGCCCCACUGUCGGUCAGACUGUUACAAGUCAAGACAAGAUCAUCUGUCAUAAAGUGUCAUCAUCGAGAAUAAAGUCUAAUUCAUAAAGUUGAUAAAGCGCUGCCGCUGAUUGUGAAUAGAUUUUUGGGGACUUCAAAUUAAAUACAAGUCUUCUUUUAUCUACAUCUACUAGAAGUACUACAUGAUCAAAUGGCUAAUCCUCAAAAGAAAUGUCAAAUUGAAAUAAACCCUUUAACAUCAGAUCCAACCAUGGCUUGGGAUAUUAUCAAAUCAACUCAGAAUGUCAAAUCAAUUAAACUGGCUGAUCCAAAUACACCUGUUGAUCCCAACCAAAUUCGGUUUGUAUGCUUGUCUGACACGCAUGGCAAAGUAGAAGAAAAAGAGUCAUUUGUCCCCCCUGGGGAUGUUCUGCUGCAUGCUGGGGACUUCAUAUCCUCUGGCGAUAUGGAAUCUAUUCACAAGUUUGAUACCUUUCUUGGUAGACUACCUCACAAAACUAAAAUAGUUAUUGCUGGGAAUCAUGAAAUUGCAAUGGACACUGACCUUUGUAAGAGUAGAAAAAUGAAAGUAUAUUCACAUUUUGGGUUACAGAUAGCUCCCUCUGUGCUUAACAGAUACAAUGUGAGUUGUAGCAGGGAUAUUCUUCAACAUUGUAUUUACCUGCAAGAUUCUAGUGUUGAAGUCUGUGGUGUUAAGAUUUAUGGAUCUCCAUGGCAGCCAGAGUAUUGUGGCUGGGCUUUUAACCUGCCACGAGGUCAACAGCUAGCUGAGAAGUGGGACUUGAUACCUGAUGACAUUGACAUUUUAAUAACACACACUCCUCCACUAGGUUAUGGUGACUUGUGUACUAGUCAGAUAAGAGCAGGCUGUGCAGAACUACUGACCACUGUGCAGAACAGAGUCAAGCCAAAGUAUCAUUUGUUUGGACAUAUCCAUGAAGGUUACAGUAUAACAACAAAUGGACAGACCAUAUUUAUCAAUGCAUCCAACUGCACAAAGGGCUACAAACUACUUCAUGAGCCAAUAGUUUUUGAUUAUCCAAUUCCAGAAGGCCAUUUCAAAUCAGAGCUAGACAGGCUACCAGUCAACAACAUUGGUUGUUAAACUAGACAUUUAGAUCCUAUUUUAUUGUAUAUUUGAUGAGAACCAUUUUUUAAACAAAUGAAACUUGAGAACCUGUAAUCAAAAUGUUAAUUUAUAUAUGGUCUCCUUCAGUCAUGUAGCGACUAUGGAUCAUCUCAUGGAAAAUGUAAAUUUCUGUAAAUGUUUAUAAACUAUUUUUUUUUUAAGAAAAAUAAUUGUGAGAAUACAAAGAAAAAAACAAUUUUUGUUUUACAA